UCGGGUCUCUUCGGCUCCGCUCGAGUCUCUUCGGCUCCGCUCGGCUCCGUUCGGCUCCGCUCGGGUCUGGGCCUAGUCUGGAGUGAGGCGGGCCUGGUCGUAGCCUUGGCCGUGGCCGCCAACCGCCGCCAUCGCCAGUCCUGACUCCCUCCCUCCCUCCCACCCGGCGCGGUGAGGCCCCCGCAGGCGAGCGGACGAUGACCCCGGGCGCCCCGCGCCGCCGGCCCGGCCCCCGGCUCCUGCCCUUGCUGCUGUCCCUGCUGCUGGACCCGGGCCGGGCGCCGGGGGCGGCCGGCGAGACGCGCUACCGGCCCGGCGACCCCGUCGUGCUCUACGUCAACAAGGUGGGCCCCUACCACAACCCCCAGGAGACCUACCACUACUACCAGCUGCCCGUCUGCAGCCCCGACAAGGUCCGCCACAAAAGCCUCAGCCUGGGCGAGGUCCUGGACGGAGACCGCAUGGCCGAAUCCCUCUACCAGAUCCGCUUCCGCGAGAACGCCGAGAAGCGCACCCUCUGCCACCUGCAGCUCACCCCCGCCCAGGUGGAGCGGCUGCGGCGGGCGGUGGAGGAGCUGUACUACUUCGAGUUCGUGGUGGACGACCUGCCGGUGCGUGGCUUCGUGGGCUACAUGGAGGAGAGCGGCUUCCUGCCCCACAGCCACAAGCUGGGACUGUGGACCCACCUGGAUUUCCACCUGGGCUUCCACGGCGACCGCAUCGUCUCGGCCAACGUGUCGGUGCGCGACGUGAAGCCCCACAGCCUGGACGGCGGGCGGCGGGCCGAGGAGCCCCUGCGCCUCACCCACACCUACAGCGUGCGCUGGGCCGAGGGCGGGCCCGAGCGCCGGGGGGACCGGCGGGGCGGGGGCGGCGGGGCCGGCGACGGCUUCUUCUUCCCGCGCACGCUGGAGAUCCACUGGCUGUCCGUCAUCAACUCCAUGGUGCUGGUCUUCCUGCUGGUCGGCUUCGUGGCCGUCAUCCUCAUGCGCGUCCUGCGCAACGACCUGGCCCGCUACAACCUGGACGAGGAGACGGCGGCGGCCGGGGGCGGGGGAGGCGCGGCCGACGACUUCGACCAGGGCGACAACGGCUGGAAGAUCAUCCACACCGACGUCUUCCGCUUCCCGCCCUACCGCGGCCUGCUCUGCGCCGUGCUGGGCGUCGGGGCCCAGUUCCUGGCGCUCGGCACCGGCAUCAUCGUCAUGGCGCUGCUGGGCCUGUUCAACGUGCAUCGCCACGGGGCCAUCAACUCGGCGGCCAUCCUGCUGUACGCGCUGACCUGCUGCGUCUCCGGCUACGUGUCCAGCCACUUCUACCGGCAGAUCGGGGGCGAGCGCUGGGUCUGGAACGUCGUCCUCACCACCAGCCUGUUCUCCGUGCCUUUCUUCCUGACGUGGAGCGUGGUCAACUCGGUGCACUGGGCCAACGGGUCGACCCAGGCCCUGCCGGCCACCACCGUGGUGCUGCUGCUGACCGUGUGGCUGCUGGUGGGCUUCCCCCUCACCGUCAUCGGCGGCAUCUUCGGCAAGAACAACGCCGGCCCCUUCGACGCCCCGUGCCGCACCAAGAACGUCGCCCGCGAGAUCCCGCCCCAGCCCUGGUACAAGUCCACCCUGGUGCACAUGACCAUCGGAGGCUUCCUGCCCUUCAGCGCCAUCUCGGUGGAGCUGUACUACAUCUUCGCCACGGUGUGGGGCCGGGAGCAGUACACCCUCUACGGCAUCCUGUUCUUCGUCUUCGCCAUCCUGCUGAGCGUGGGCGCCUGCAUCUCCGUCUCCCUGACCUACUUCCAGCUGUCGGGCGAAGACUACCGCUGGUGGUGGCGCUCCGUGCUGAGCACCGGCUCCACCGGCCUCUUCAUCUUCCUCUACUCCGUCUUCUACUACGCCCGCCGCUCCAACAUGUCCGGCCCCGUCCAGACCGUCGAGUUCUUCGGCUACUCCUUCCUCACCGGCUACGUCUUCUUCCUCAUGCUGGGCACCAUCUCCUUCUUCUCCUCCCUCAAGUUCAUCCGCUACAUCUACGUCAACCUCAAGAUGGACUGAGCCCCGGGCCGGGCCCCCGCGGGGAGGGGAGGUGGGGU